AUGACUUCAAUUAUCAAAAAACUUAAGAAUUUUUCACCUGCAAACAUUAUGAAAGCAAGAAAACAAAAAAAAGAAGCAAAGGAGGCGGAGGAAGUUUGGUUUGGUCUAAACGACCAAGCUUAUAAAGAACUAAUGGCUCUGCCAAUAGACAAACAUAAAAUGAUAUUUCUAAAAAAAUUAAUAAAUAAUGAGUUUACAUAUAUCGAACGUGAAAUAGGAGGGAAAAAGUUGAGGAAGCUUGGUAUCCACUGA